ACUACGGGAAAUGAAAUUUAAAUGUUGAGGACCUUGUAUUUAAUAGCAAAAAUAUCAAAUACCUGAAAAAUUAUUUCAUUUUAGAAACUGAAAUAUUUUCGAAUCAAUGUUUCAUUCUCUAUGUAUAUCUUAUGUUAUUAGAAGCGGAAAAUGUUUUCUAACUUUCAGACUAGUAACUAGAGGGAGUAAGUUUAGGAGGUCUAAUCGAAAGGUAAAAUUAUUUUGUUUGAUGCAGUAAGAAGCGGAAAUUAAUAUUAAAUAUCUUAAAUGGCUGAAAAGAAAGUAGAAUCUUCGAGAAAACGUUCUAUGCCAAAAUGGUUAGUUUCAUUAGAUAAUGCACAGUGUUUUGAAUAUAACUGUUCAGGUAAAAGUGUUCCAACCGUCUUGCGUGACGUUAAUUAUAGAAAUAAACCUAACGUUCCCAGUUUUUCAAGUUCAGGUGAAGCAGGACAAGAAUUGGUUUCGUUGGAAAAAGUGCUAUCAGAUGAUUUUCCUGUCUUGAAUUUUAACGGGAAAAUAUACUGCUAUACUAACAUUGGGGAUGCAUCAAGAAUUUGUGAAGAUUUAAUUGCAGAAAGUGAAAAACGUGGAACAGUGGUUGUUGGGUUCGAUGUAGAAUGGUCAGUUGAUUACCAAGUAGGACGGCAGAACAAAAUUUCCCUUAUUCAGAUUUGCUCAUCAGAAAAUGAUUGUCACCUUUUCCAUCUUGCAUCAAUGACAGGUUUUCCAAAAGCCUUAAGGCUUUUAUUAGAAAAGUCCAACAUUAUAAAAGUUGGAUUGAAUAUUGAAGGAGAUUUAUGGAAAAUAGAAAGAGACUUUAAAUUUCCUGUUCAUAAGAUUAUUAAAUCGAGUUGUAUAGAACUUUCUGAAUUAGCCUGUGAAGUGUUGGACAAGCCAGGACAAAAAUGGAGCCUAGAAGGUCUUACACAAUUCGUUCUACAGAGACGUUUACCAAAAGACUCAAAUGUAAGAAAAAGCUGUUGGCAUAUAUGGCCUUUAUCCCAAGAGCAUAUCCAAUAUGCUGCACGAGAUGCUUUUGCAUCUUUUUUAUUAUACAAGAAGCUAUGUGAAAUGAAAUAGUUACUUUUGGAUAUGAAACACAACAGAAACGUUUUUGUGUUUUAACUGAUAUUCAGUAGUGUAACUUAUUUUGUUUAUUGCAAGUUUGGUGUAUUCUAAUUAUUAUUUCAUUUUAAAAAAGUGAUUAAAAUCUAGUUUGACUGCAGAUUACUAUUUUUCCUACUCUUAAUUACUCUCUAACAGAUUUGGAAAGAGAAUUGUAAAAUUAGUAUUUUCGAUCUUAUUUUGUUUGAUAUAAAUCAGUGCCCAAGAGAACAAUCAUUAUGAGAUUUCAUGAGGUGGGCUGAACUAUGCAGUCAGAAGUAUAUAUUGAAUGCAAUACAAUAAAUACGUUGUAAUGAGGUUUUUUAGGCUUAAAAAAAAUUAUGAAAGUUACACUUCACCUUAAUAUAUUUUUCUUAUGACUUGAAAUGGAGUAAUUAAACAGACUUGUAAUAAGAAAUGCAUAGUCUAUGGUCAAGUUUGAAUUUGGUUACUUUUAUUAGGCCUCAAAAAGCAUUAUUUCAUCUGACAUACCAUAGUUUAACAGACUGACAAACAAAUUCGGCCCUGCUCUUAUGCCAUUAAAAAAAAAAUGCAAUGAAAAUUCAUUAAAGCUGUAAGAUCAGGGUUAAAUUGCCAAAUGCCUCAUCUAGUGACACUAAUGAAUAGAUUGAGGUUUGAAAUGCUGAUAUCUACUAGUGAAAUCACAGUAAAGGCGAACAAGAUCAAAAUCAAGUAUCAACUGAUGCACUGUUUUUGUAAGUUAUAUAAAUUGAGUUUUUUGAAUUUCUUAAAUUUUGCAUAAUUCUAAAAACAUCAAGUUCUUGGGUAGAUUAAACUUGAAGUGCAUUCAAAAUAGUCAUAGUCUUGAUUAUUUCUCAGAAAAAUUAUGUCUAACAAAACAUAUCUUUAUAAUUCCAAGAAAGUUUUCCUGUUAGAUCAAUUUUUAAAGUUUAACUUUGAUAUGGCACCAGAUCAUAAGGCUGCAUACUACUACCUGUGCAAAUUCAAGUGAUACAUAGAAAUCACCAGUGGUUAAUUUCAAAGUGUUUUUAAAUUUAUUGAUAGUUACAUCAUUUUAUAUAAGAUGAAAAUAUUUAGGCAUUGUGUGUGGCGUUUAAAGCUCAGUUACACUGCUUUAGUAACUUUUUACAGAAUUAAAAAUGUUUUAGGCAUUUCUUUCUUCAGGACAAAUAAGACUUGUUAUUAUCACUCUAGUCUUUUAAGUUUAAAAGGUGUUUGUAGUUAUGUGAGCAUCAUGUUACAUUACUAGUAAUGUUUAGAAGAUACAAAAGGUAAAGUAACAGUAAUAUAGAGGUUUUGAAGUAUAAAAUAUUUAGUUGGAACUUUAUGAAAGCAAAGACUGUAAGAUAUAUGAAAUGAGAAUUGGUAAAAGAAAAUAUUAAAUACUUGUAAAUAUAUUGGUACCACAAAUAAAUUCCCAAAAUUAUUCAUGAAAUAGAUACUUAUUAAAUUAGUAGACCUCUGUAAGAAAUUGUAAUUCAAGUGUAUGUUUAUGUAAAAGAAAAUAAGCCUUUCUAAUCAUAAUUUUGUAAAAACAUAAUUAUUGUAGAUGUGUACUUUACAUCCAAAUAAAUUUUUUACUUUUAUAACAAAAGUUUAUAUUGUGUUAUAGAUGCUUAGUACAUUGUAAAUGUAAGAAUUUGUUUGCUUUGUCAUUCGUACAGGCCUGUCUGAGUAUAUAAAACACAUAAUUGUAAUGGAUACAUAUGUUAAAGCUGAUAGAAUUUACCCUUCUAUGACAAGAAUAAAUUAUAUCUUCAAUCAGAUAUAAUCAGGUAAAUUUAUAAAUUUUUUCAUGCAGGUGUUCUGCAUUUAGUUAACUUCUUGAAAUGAUAAUGUAGGUAGUUAUUGACUUGAUUGAAUCAUUUUCUAAGGUGAACAUUACAUACUACAGUGGUCAUUCAUUAAAGCUUCUACAUUCCAAGCCAAACUUCUGAAUUUCUUUUCUAUUUGUUGUGGGUCAUACCAGGUAAAGAAGUCAUGGUGUAAAGUUAAUAUCUCUUUGAAUGUAUAAUAAAAAUAAUGUAGGUAUUGUAAUGUUGUUCUUUUGUUGGUGGAUUCUUUUAAAUUGCCUUGUGAAAAUAAUACAAUGUCUAGUCCUUGUA